GUUGUAUGGCAUUGAAGCUCGUUUGGAGGUCAGUUAACACAGUGUCCAAAGAAGGGACAGAUGUAUACAGAAUGGUGUCGUCUGCGUAGAGGUGGAUCAGGGAAUCACCCGCGGCAAGAGCGACAUUGUUGAUAUAUACAGAGAAAAGAGUCAGCCCGAGAAUUGAACCCUGUGGUACCCCCAUAGAGACUGCCAGAGGUCCGGACAACAGGCCCUCUGAUUUGACACACAGAAAUCUGUCUGCGAAGUAGUUGGUGAACCAGGCGAGGCAGUCAUUUGAGAAACCAAGGCUGUUGAGUCUGCCGAUAAGAAUGUGGUGAUUGACAGAGUCGAAAGCCUUGGCCAGGUCGAUGAAUGCGGCUGCACAGUAUUGUCUCUUAUCGAUGGCGGUUAUGAUGUCUUUUUGGACCUUGAGCGUGGCUAAGGUGCACCCAUGACCAGCUCUGAAACCAGAUUGCAUAGUGGAGAAGGUACGGUGGGAUUCGAAAUGGCCGGUGAUCUGUUUGUUAACUUGGCUUUCGAAGACCUUAGAAAGGCAAGGCAUAUUGCGUUAUAGCGCUGAUGCUGUGAAUAAUGCAUUAUGCAUAGCUCAUAUUGCGUUAUAAAUGCUCCUAUAGGCUUAGUGUUUCGACUCAUGCAUGCUACUGUACAGUAUUUCACAUUUGAAUUUGGGGGAUGACAAACUCUUUUAACCAGCCCAUGUCUUCAUCAUCACAAUAAAUCACGUCUCAAUGUACACUACCGGUCAAAAGUGUUAGAACACCUACUUAUUCAAUGGGUUUUUCUUUAUUUUUACUAUUUUCUACAUUGUAGAAUAAAAGUAAAGACAUCAAAACAAUGAAAAUAACACAUAUGGAAUCAUGUAGUAAUCAAAAGUGUUAAACAAAUCAAAAUAUAUUUUAUAUUAUUCAAGUAGCUAUCCUAUGCACACACUCUUGGCAUUCUCUCAACCAGCUUCACACGGAAUGCUUUUCCAACAGUCUUGAAGGAGUUCCCACAUAUACUGAGCACUUGUCAGCUGCUUUUUCUUCACUCUGUGGUCCAACUCAUCCCAAACCAUCUCAUUUUGAGAUGGUUGGGGGAAUGUGGAGGCCAGGUCAUCUGAUGCAGCACUCCAACACUCUCCUUCUUGCUAAAAUAUCCCUUACACAGCCUGGAGGUGUAUUGGGUCAUUGUCCUGUUAAAAAACAAAUGAUAGUCCCACUAAGCCUGAACCAUAUGGGAUGGUAUAUCCCUGCAGAAUGCUGUGUGUGUGCCUUGAUUUCUAAAUAAAUCACAGACAGUGUCACCAGCAAAGCACCCCCACACCAUAACACCUCCUCCUCAAUGCUUUACGGUGGGAAAUAUACAUGCGGAGAUCAUCUGUUCACCCACACAGUGUCUCACAAAGACACGGUGGUUGGAACCAAAAAUCUCCAAUUUGGACUCCAGACCAAAGGACAGAUUUCCACCAGUCUAAUGUCCUUUGGUCUGGAGUCCAAUGUUUCUUAGCCCAAGCAAGUCUCUUCUUAUUAUUGGUGUCCUUUAGUAGUGGUUUCUUUGCAGCAAUUCAACCAUGAAUGUCAGAUUUACACAGUCUCCACUGAACAGUUGAUGUUCAGAUGUGUCUGUUACUUGAACUCUGAAGUAUUUAUUUGGGCGGCAAUUUCUGAGGCUGGUAACUCUAAUGAACUUACCCUCUCCAGCAGAGGUAACUCUGGGUCUUCCAUUCCUGUGGCGGUCCUCAUGAGAGCCAGUUACAUCAAAGCGCUUGAUGGUUUUUGCCACUGCACUUGAAGAAACUUUCAAAGUCCUUGAAAUUUUCCAUAUUAACUGACCAUGUCUUAAAGUAAUGAUGGACUGUUGGUUUUCAUUGCUAAUUUGAGCUGUUCUUGCCAUAAUAUGGACUUGGUCUUUUACCAAACAGGGGUAUCUUCUGUAUACCACCCCUACCUUGUCACAACACAACUGAUUGGCUCGAAUGCAUUAAGAAGGAAAGAAAUUCUUCAAAUUAAGUUUUAAGGCACACCUGUUCAUUUAAAUCCAUUCCAGGUGACUACCUCAUGAAGCUGGUUGAGAGAAUGCCAAGAGUGUGCAAAGCUGUCAUCAAGACAAAGUGUGGCUAUUUGAAGAAUCUCAAUGUAGAAAAUAGUACAAAUAAAGAAAAACCCUUGAAUGAGUGUGUGUUCUAAAACUUUAGACCGGUGGUGUAGAGAUGGAGAACAUAGAGACUUCCACUAAAUAUAAAAGGUUCUUGUGUUCCAGAGAUGUGUCAGAUGAUCCUGAAGACAAAGCAGUCACCAGUGGUGUUUAAGCUUCUCGCAUUGCUCUCUUGGCAUUCCCUUUUCUUCUCCCAGCCACCUGUUUUUUUGUCGGUUGCCCUCUUUCACACCCAUUCACUGCAAAGGAGGCCAGUAUAAAUAGCUGUGAUUCAUGAAGGGAGAAAGAGAAUAAGAAAGCGAGACUGAAAGAGAGGAGAGGGAAGAUACAUCACACAAGAUUGGCCUUGCAAAAGCAGUUCAGAGAGAGAUCCUGAUAUCUGGGUUUCCCACUCCUUUGGUUUGAAGACAAUGUGGCGGGCCCUCAUGUAUCAGCUUGCUCUGAUUCCUCUCGUCCAGGCUCAAAAUGACUACUGCAGAACACACCGUACAUUCAGGGAGCCAGCCAACACUGACAUUAACGUCUACUGUGGCACGAAUCGCAUGGAGCUCCAUAUCUUGCUAUGUCCCGUCUACUUUGGUGGAUACAAUGAAUCACUGAUGUCCCUCAACGCUCAGUACUUCAAGGGAGAAUGCCGGGGGACACCCGAUUGGACUGUCGACCCGCCUAUUCUGAAAUACAACUUCUCCAUCACAGAGGAGGCGGUGUCCGCCUGCAACAACAAAAUAAAGAUCACUCAGGAGGUGGGUUCUGGGCUCUUUGCGGAUUUCUCCAGCAUUCAGUUUGUCAACAUCUCGGGCAUGAUCAACUCUCUGGACCCCAGUGCGGGAACGAUCACCUACCGCCAGGAAAUGAUUUACAAAUUCUCCUGCCGCUAUCCACUCCAGUACUUGGUCAACAACACUGAGAUGACCGUGUCUGGGGUGAGCCUAGCAGUCAAAGACAGCAAUGGGAGUUUCAUCAGUACCCUGAGUAUGACGCUCUACUCGGACAGGUUCUACACAACCCAGCUCAAGGUACCUGAGGGAGGCUUGACGUUGAAGACACGCAUCUUUGUGGAGGUCAAGGCCACCAAUCUCACGGGAAGGUUCAACGUGAUGUUGGACCGAUGCUAUGCCACAACCAGUCCUUACCCCGUCAACAGCACUUAUUAUGACCUCUUUGUUGGGUGUAACCGGGAUGGCCAGACGGUGAUAGGGAUCAAUGGGCAACAGCAGGAAGCUCGUUUCUCAUUUGAGGCCUUCCGCUUCGUCCAGCACAAGAACAGGACAUUGUCCACUUUCUACCUGCACUGCUCUACCAGACUCUGUGAGAGGUCUGUCUGCACCUCCCUGCAACAGAACUGCACGGACAUCAUCAGCUCAAGGAGGAAGCGGGAGGUCCAGGACACGUCUGUGACCGACACAGCCACAGUCAGCUCCGGCCCCAUCCGCACCAAAGUGGACAACGGUGAUACUGUCGGAAUUGUAUCUGAAGUUGUCGAGCAGUUGGGUGGAAAACACAGAUCCUUGCAGGGUGUUGCCAUAGCAGCAGGGAUUGUUGGCGCGCUCUGUAUCUCCAUGGUAGCCUUCAUUGCGUACUGGAUCGUUGUGCCAAGGACCAUUGGGGCCACAGAGAAGAGAAUGCUCUUCUCUACAAAAGAGUGACAGUUUAGGGGAAGGUUUUGCCCUGUUACUCUGUCCUAGUUCUUAUCAUCACUGACUUAAAGUAGGUGGGUCAGUGACAGUGCAAUUACUUAAUGAAUACAUCUGUAACCUGCACAUAUAGCACUGCAUGUUUAAAUAGUUUAUUUCCAUUUAAAGUCUGGUAUUAUGGGCUAUCUUCUUUGUCUGGGGUUAAGGUCAAGUAUAAAUGGAUGCUAUUCAAUAUCUAUCAUAAUCCAAAAUGUCAAAUCAAACAUGACUACCUAUUUUGGUGUAUUAGUUUUAAGGGCUUCUUCAAUGCUGUCCAUCAAAUCAUAUUUAAAUGCAUUUUUUCUAUAACCUGUCUUUCAAUUUCCCAGUCUAUACAAAUACUGGUGUAUAAAACCACACUCGAUAAAGUUUUUAAAAGUAAAAUAUAAUAAAUGGCCUGUUUUUC